AUGGCAUCGUCUCAACCACGACAAAACUUCGCGGCCGAAGUGGAGGCCUGUAUCAACAAACAGAUCAAUCUGGAACUGUACGCCUCCUACUGCUACCUGUCGAUGGCCUACUACUUCGACCGAGAUGAUGUGGCGCUGCCCGGCUUCUACAAGUUCUUCGCCAAACAGUCGGAUGAGGAGCGCACCCACGCCUCCCGUCUCAUGAAGUACCAGAACAAAAGGGGCGGAAGGAUUGUCCUCCAGAGUGUGGAGAAGCCGUCGCUCGACGAUUGGGGUUCGGGUAUCGACGCCAUGCAGGCGGCGCUCAAUCUCGAGAAGACUGUCAAUCAGAUGUUUCAAUUGAGACGUCCAUACGAUCUGAUGUCACUCUUGCAUCAGGAGAAGAGGGCCGAUAAGUUGGCCGCCAUUAAGAACCAACUGAUCCAACAGAAGGAGGAGAUCGAGUCCGACUCCACCGCAAACAAUGAUGAAUCGGAGGAAGACGUGGAACAGUUGGUUGGAAAUAAUUUUGUAAAUAUAGUAGCGAUUGAUUCGAGGCCUGAAAAACACGAACCAAACUGUAGUCAAAUAAUGCCAAUGGAUUUCAGUAUGUCUUCGUUCGAGCAUUUGCCGUCUGUUCGCGACCGACGAUCACUACAAAUAGAUCCGGAGAGUGAAAUCCACACCACUAUAACCAACUUAGAGGACAUCGGAGACUACGGCGACGCUGUCUAUGAGGCGCUCAAACAAAACUCGAGUUCGUGGCUGUUGUACACAAUGGCCUCGUUUUACUGGCGCGCCGUCGGCAACGCCGGCGAGUCGAUAGAGUGCCUCCGGCGGGCCAUUCACCUGACGCCCUAUCAGUACCGACACAUACCGUUGGUAUCAUUGGGUAAUGUUCUGCACCGGAGUAAGAGCUCCGAAGAGGCGGCGAUUGUCAUACACGCGGCCAUCGAUGUGGCGCCGGACGCCACCAUUUCUCACUACACUCUCGGCAAUAUCUAUGCAGUGAUGGCGGACUAUAACAAAUCAGUCAUUUGUUUUGAUAACGUAUUGAAAUUGGAUCCGGAGUUCGAAGAGGCGAAGCUCAGGAAAUACGCCGUCCUCUGCCAUAACCGGGUCGAGAAGGCCCUCAAAGCACAGCACGAUACUCUCCAGAAGACAUUAGAAGAACUACAAGGCUAUCAGAAACAACAGGAACUAUGGCUACACUAUCAGCAAAAGUUGCUGUCAGAACAGGCGCCGCCGGGAACACUACUGGAGCAGCGGUUACACUACCGGGAGUACAAAAUACGCGAAAUCAUCGACUCGACCAAUAGGGGCCACAAGAAUGGCGCGCAGAUACUGCACAGCGGCGGCGGUAACGGUGUGGUGGGCUCGGCCUCAGGCGGCAACUCAAACACCCAUUCGCUGAACGGUGUGGCCGAGAGCGCGGCCGCCGCCGCUGCCGCCUGCGUCACAGUGGAUGCUAACGGCGUGAACGCCAAGAAAGGUAACGCCGGCGACUGUCAUAUGGUUCCCAUUCUGAUACCCAUCACGUUUGUGCCGCCCUCUUGAUGUGUGCCCACACACACACACACCCCCGUCCGCCCAUCGAUUGCUUCCCUUUCCCUCCAUUUCCUCCCCUUCCGUCCCCUUCAAAGAAAAUGUUGAAAAUAUUUAUCUAUAUUUUUAAUUUAUUAUAUUUGUCGCCGAGUUUUGCCGUGUGUUUAGUGUCAGAGAUAUUAAUUCAUUUAACGCCAGUAAUAACGAGUA